GCUCACUUCCACGUCGGAAAACGAAAACAAAUAAUUAACUCGCAAGUUUGUCUGUUUCUUGAAAAAAAUUUUUACAGAUAACAGUAAUGUCAUGGUUAUCAGCUGUUACAGGAAAAGCUGAAGAUUUCCUAAACAAGCUUGACAAAUCAGCAGCUCAGACUUUUCAAAUUGAAGAUGAGGUCAAGGCAGUUCUCAAUGAAUCGCCAGCAAGAGCUGAGUUUACUGUUGGUGGUUCCCCAUACCCUGAUUCUAGACUGGCAAGUUCGUCGAAAAGUGUCCCUUCAAAACUCAAUGAACUAAAGGCAUCUGUUGAUCCCUCGACCUCCAUUGUCAGUUCUCCUGUGAGACCAGCACCGUCUAGACCUGCUGCUGUUACAGUCCAGAAGUCAUCCCCUGUUGCUCCAAGGAAACAGGAGUUGAAGCUGAAGAAGAAAGACUCCGACGAGGCUCUCUUUGAUUUUCUCAACAGCAAGGAUCCUGUGGAGAGUGUGAAGAAAAAGACUACACCAGUAGGCAGUGCCCACCAUUCUAGACAGUCCAGUACAUCCUCGAACAUAUCUCAUAAUGAAGUGAAGACCACUACAGAUGUUAUGUCCACAGGACAUGACUUGCCUGGUCUUCAGGUUAAAGAGACAGAAUCUUUAGAGUCCCAGUCACAGUCCGAAAGCCCAACUGGGUCGAACACUUCGGCUGACAUAGACGCCAUUGCUGAUGCCAUGAAGGAAAGUCCAACAGGUAGCGAUAACAGUGUUUCCGAUGAGAAGAGGGAUCAUGCACAGUUGUCUUCUCUUGAAUUGGAAAACAGUCUUUUGAGAAAAGAGGUGGCCACACUAAAUCAGGAAAUGGUUUCUGUCAUACAGAGGGCUAAAGAUGCACAAACUGAGCUGGUGAGAGUAAAACAGCAGCUGAAUGACUACAACAGCACUAUGUCACAGCACGACCAGCUGGUUCGAGAAUUGCAGUCACGAGAGACGGACCUUACUGAGGCUCUGACUGCAAAAGACUCACAGCUUGCAGUGUUGAGAGUGCGACUCGAGGAAGCUGACAGAGAGUGUAAAACUAGACAGAAACAGAUCAGUGAUUUACAGGAACAUCGAGAAAGAAACAAGUUUCAGAGAGACCAGUGGUCUGUGAAAAGAAUUUUACAAGACCACACAGAUUCCAGUGGGAUGCAUGGUAAAGCACUUGAUGAUCUUAAAGAAAAACUAGUUAAUGUUGAAACGUCUCUGAAGAGGGAAAAGGAGUCAUUUCAAAUGGCACAGCAAGAAUCAACUGAUCGCCACAGUCGCUUGGUGCAAGAACAGCAGACACUUGCCGAAUCACUGAAGGCAGUCAACAAAAAGUAUGCAACAGAAAAACAAAAGACACAAGAAUUGUCCAAUCAGUUGAAAGUAGCCAAGUCUAGUGCUGAAACUGCACGGCAGGAACUUACAGAAUACAAAGAAAAAGCAUCCAGAAUAUUGCAGUCUAAAGAGAGAUUGAUAUCGAGUCUGCGAGACCGAUCUGGGUCUGGUGCAUCAGGAGAGGCUAUAGGAGUGUCUAAUCUGGAGUACGACUCUGUCAAACAGGAGAGAGACAUGUUCCGUGACGAGGUUCAGCAGUCCAAACUCGUUAUUGAUAACCUUCGACUUGAAAUGCAGGAACUGGAGAACCAGCUUCAGAUGGAGUCUGACACUGCUCGUGAGCAGAUCCGAUCUUUGGAGGAACAGGCCAAGGAGGAGAAAACCAGACGAGAGGACUUUGAGCAGGAACUGCUCCAGCAAAAACAGGAAUUACAGUAUGCCAUCGAGGAAAUUCACAAACAGAAGACAUCUUUCCAGAGUCGAAUAAAUGACAGAGAAUCUGAAAUUGAAAAACUCAGAAGUCAGCUGAUGACGAAGAGUAUCAGUAGUACAACAGAAAGUGAACUGGAGUCUCGAGUGCGUGCACUCACCGACAGCCUUAUCCAGAAACAAACCAUGUUGGAGGCACUGAGCACUGAGAAGAAUUCACUUGUCCUGCAGAUGGAGAGGCUCGAGCAACAGUAUCGAGACAUUCAAAACUGUGUGCGCUCCAUACCAACAACUGUUAGCAUGACUGAUGAUGAUGAAGUGAGACAGAGACUUCCAGGGUACAUGAAAGAAGGCCCCAGUGAUACAGAGGUGACAAGGAGGAUGAAGAGAGCCGUCACAGGCAUAGAUCGCUUCAGUGUAAGGCUUGGAAUAUUCCUAAGAAGAUAUCCCAUUGCCAGAGUAUUUGUUAUUGUAUAUAUGGCAUUGCUACAUAUGUGGGUAAUGGUAGUUUUGCUGACCUAUCAACCAGAGAUACACACGGGAAGCCGCUCAAUAAAGUCUCCACGAGAACAGAAUUAACGGGAACUCGCCAUUCAUAUGAAACAUCUUUUGGAAAUACGGUCGGUCAUUGUGAAAGUGCUUACUGAAUACUCCUCAAAACCCCAGGGAACUCUCUGUACUGAAUGAUACAAAACUGGGUCUGGUCACCGUUUGCUGCUUAUUACAUAUGCAUAUGUAAACCUGCAAACCUAGGAACCAGUGUUCAAAGAAGGAACUAAACGACAUGUUUUUAUUGCCCUGAAACUAUUGGCUGCACUACAAGAUAUGAUUCAGCUGUCACAACUGUUAGCCAAUGGACAUACAUGUGUAUAUAUAUAAUAUGCUAGUGAUUACUGGUAUUAGCUUGUAUAUUUAUUGUGUACUUGAUCUUAAGGACCAAGGACUGUAAAUUACAUAUAAAUAAAAUUAAUGUAUAUAUUUUUUUUUUAUGAGGAUUUCUAUUUUAUAAUGGUAUUAUUUAUGGAUUGAGAACACCAUCCCAGUCUUGUUGAAGGGAUGGAAUUGUAUCAUGGGAAAAAAACAUUUAACGGUUAUAUGAACUUGUAUAAAGAAUAUAAUAUGGUUAGUUUCUCAACAUAUUUUGUUGGACAGCAUGCUUAUUAUACCUCAAGCCUUUGAACCAUAAACAAUUUUUUCUUUUCUACAUUAUCAAGUUUUCUCCAUUUUUUAAAUUCAUUUCACCCUGGGCUUGGACAUUUUUAUUGUUUUUUUCCCCAUUUAACUUGGAAAUAUAGGAAAUUAAACACUGUCAACAAAACCUGUAGUGUCCCUAGUCAACUGAUAUUGUUGAUUAUUUUCACUAAUACCACGUCCACUGCCUUGCCCGCCAUCAUGCCCACGAAUAUGCACACUACCUGCACCAGAAUCUUUAUUUAAGUCUUUGAUUUCACUGUCAUUUUCUUAAUUGUUAAAGCAGCUGACAUUUACAUCAUCAAUUUCAUAAUCACUUUUAAGUUUCAAAGUCGCUUUUAUUGACGUAUGUGUCAUUACUGAGCUGACCUUUAUUGUUAGUAAUUAUUAACUUUAGUGCUUCUUCAGUGUUGACAUGUCCACGGUUCAUAUUUGUGGAAAGAUACUUAAAAAUGCCAAAAAAAAUUCAUUCACACAGGCAGACAACUUCUGCUAAUACCUAUGCUGUAAAACAAAUUCUGAUUGGUUGAAAAUAACACUGAACUGUUGUCAAACAGUUUGUUUACAAACAAGGCCAUGUGAAAGCUGGAAAAAGCGACAUUAGGGUAUACGUCAAAUGACAUUAAGCCGGAAAAUUGGGUUCAUAGGGUUAAACCCUCGAAGAAGUACAAUGGAGAAUAUAAUAAUAUAAACAUUAUUUAAAUAUUAUUUCUGAAAAGAUAAAGUAUGUGAUAAAAAUGAAAGACAUCAUUUAAACAUAGUAAUACUUAUUACCCGUAUAGUUAAAAUGUCUAAGUACAUACCAAAAUGAUACGUCCCACUAGAAUGCUGAGUGGGACGUAACAUGAUGACAUCUGAGAAUUAUUUCACUUGGGACAUAAACAUGAUAUGAAAUGGAAACUUGUUUCAUAUCCUAUAAAUAUAUCACUAAAACAGUUUAAUUUAUUUGACCAAAUGUAUUGAAAUGACUAGCCAAAAUCCAUCCAUAUGUAAAGGUCGACAAAAGCAAACACAGGUUUUAUAAAGAGUACUAUGAACCAUCAACUUGGCUACCUUCUGUUAUGAACUUUGUACAAAAUAUUAAUACUAUUGAGUUUUUAAAUUCUAAUGCUUUAUCUGGUUAUGACGUCUUCACUCAACAAAACCUUUUAAGAUCCUUCCAUGACUUUGCUCUUAAAAUGACAGACCCUUGUUUUUAAACACUACGAUGUAUGUUUCACUAUUAAAGCCGUUUUUGAUAUUUUAAAUUAAAAGUACUUCCAUUUUAUUGUUUAAAUAUUAAUUUUUGUACACCUGUAGUGAUUCUGGUCAUCCAGGUUUUGCAGUACACCAAAAUACAUGUUUCAUCAUUCUAAAAAUGCACAUUCAUCUGAAACGUAAUGGUUAUCCAGACAAGCUCGAGUUAUUUUUAAGAUAGUAUUUCCUUGUUUAAACAUCACAUACUUUAGCUUAUCACUGUUAUAACCUUAUCCAAAUGUGUGUUGCAGGUUUGUAGAUCAACUGACGUUUAGGGUCUACACCUUUAAAAUUAAGAUGUAGAGAACAUAUCACUUCAUUGUCGAAAGGUUUAGCAAAUGUCAUAUUUUCAUCUUUCAGUUUUGAUUUAAGGUCCAAAUAAAUAAAUUGGGUCAGAUUCAAAAUAUUGAUAAGCUGGGUGCAGUAUUGCUAGUUGGGAUCCUGGUUACAUGUAUUAUGUAAACAAUCUAUACUGUUUUUACACAUCGGAUAUUACCAUGUACAUUGUGGGUUUUCAAAUAAACUGAGAACACAAAGAAAA